GCAAUAGGAAACCCAGUAAAGAAAAGCCAUUAGAAACAGGUAGCAGAAAACUGUCAAGAAGUCAUGGCUGUGUCAUCUACAACUGCAACACUGUACAUUUCAGGCAACAGUCUUCACGCCCCCACGCCCAAAAACGGCUCCAUAUUCUUAAAUACCAUCAGAUUCGCAACAAAGCAGAGAAGACUAAGCAUCAGGAGCUCUGGUGAUGUAUCAUCCGAGACACCAGCAACAGAAGCAGAAUCAGAAAAAUCCAUUGAUGAAGCUCCAAAAGGACCUCCUUCCCUGAUCUCUGCUCUUAAUGUUGAACGAGCUCUUCGUGGCAUCACGAUCACAGAUGCAGAUCACUAUGGCAGACUUGGGUUACAAAGAGGAUGUUCUUAUGAACAGGUCCUUACUCAAAUCAGCAUAGUCCCAUCUGACAAAACUGGUUUUUUUUUUUUUUCACUUUCUUUCUGUCCCAUUGUCUUUCAGGUCACCGUGGCCUACAAAAAUGAGGUUGAUGAAUUACUGAAUCAGGGGCUGGAUGAAGUAGAACUCAGCAAGAAAAUGGAUCUGUUAAAAGUCAGUCUGAAAGAUAAUGAAUCUUACUCGAUUUUGUCCUCCGGGGAAGAAAGAAGAAUGUAUGAUUGGAGCUUGGCAAGAAGUGAACAACCGGACAUAUAUGCCUGGCCUUUCGAGGUGGACAUCACCCAAACUCCCAGGGAGGACCCUCCACCAGAGGAGCCAGAGGACGUCGGCCCAACUAGAUUGGUGGGGUAUUUCAUGCUGGUAUGGCUCAUACUGUCCUUCGUCUUGUCUAUCGCCCUUGCUCGAUAGGGGAUGUAUUUUUAUUCUAUAUCUAAUCAUAAAGCGUUUUUUUUUUUUUUGUCAACAACAAUAAAGGUGAUUAAAACAAAUUUCGAUAAAAAAAAAUUAAAACAAUAAAAAAAUCACUUAACUUUUCCAUUUUAUUUAAAUAAAC